CUCCUCCCUCUGCCUCCUAUCUGCUGCAGAGCUUACCCAACACGCAUCUAUGUGCUUGUUCUCUUGUUUUUCCUUUUCCAGUGCACCGGAUUAUUCCUCCUUUACGAUUUCCUUCUCUUUUUUCCUUCUUUCUAAAUGAGUCAGCGCGCGCCUCCGUGAUCCGUGGAGUUUGAAGGUGGAAACAUGCCACUGUUUGGAGAAUUGAGAUGAACCGGAGGAGAGGAGAGUACCGGAUGGGAUAAGGAGCCCUGGAACCCACAUCACUCACCGCAAACCGAGCAAGGCUCCCCUCCCAUCCUCCCCCCUCCCUCAGUCUGCAGCCUCCGAGAGGCAGGCGCCGCAUCAUUUUUCAGAGCAGCUGCCUCCCCCCUCCUCCUCUCUCCCCUCUCACACACCCCAUCCUCGCUUCUCUCCGUCACCCCUUUUGCUGCUCCGUGGGAAUGCAGCGAACGGUCAAGGAAUUGUAGUCUUUUUUUUCCUCUUUAAUUUCUGAGGUUUGACGGACGGACAGCUCGGUAGAAGCGCGGCUGUCAUCAACACGGGGACGCAGAGUGAGGUGGUCAGCACAGAUUGGACCUGGAUCACUUGGAUUUAGCCCGGCAGCAACAAACAUCACCCCCAUGUCUCACAUCAGAUCCGCUCUGCCGUGACAUCUGCGGGUUUGGGUGUUAUUGGAUUUCUGCCAGCUGCUGGGGUGCUUUUAGAGGCAAAGUUGGAACCAGCCUCCAAACACAACUGAAAAAAAAAACAUCUUCUUCUCUCCACAUAACAACUCAUGUGACAUCUAAAAAAGACCAAGAGGAAGGAAGCGGCAUUUGGUUUGUAUUUUAAAGCCAUCACGCAACUGAUAAUCAACCAAUUCACUGAGCAGAUGCCCAGGUUGUUAGUCUUUGCACGCGCACAUGGAUUUACAGCUCCAGCCUGAAGCUCACGCAACGGAUCGAUAUCUCUCUUGCGUUUCUUCUUUCUUUGCGACGCCUUUUUUUCUUACCACGGGGAGUGAAGCAUCCUGGGAUUUAUCACCGCUUCGUUAGCGCCAAAGUACAGUGACGAGCCCCUCCCUCAGCCCGCUCUCCCAACCCUUCUUGUUCACCUGUCUAUAACCUGUAUGCUCCUGGGAAGUAUGGAUUUCGUCGUGUGUCUGUGUGUUUACAUGUGCGUGUAAGUGCGUGUGCGUGAGUGUGUGUGUGUGCGCACGCGCUUGUGUUUGGCUUCUUGUCCGCCAGAGGGAGUGUAGGUUAUGCUGCUUGGGAAUGCAUUUGCCAGCUUUUAAUUAGAACGUGACUGAGUGUGAUAAGUCUGCUCUGCUUGUGGGUGGUAGUGAGUUUUACAUCCGUUCAUGCAUAGGUUAGCUUGUGAGUGUAUAUAUAUUUAAGAUGCACAUCACUACUUCUACACCAUGUCCCUGCAUCAUCUGGCCACCUGUUUGACCUCCCUAACCCUCUAAAAAAAGCAAAAAGGCAAAAUGAGUGACCGCUCUGGCGCAAGCACUCUAACACCACUGACGCUGGAGGAGCCAGGAGCUGAGCAAGCAUCUCCUCGAGCCCUGGGCCCACUUCGCUGUGGCCCAUGUGCCGUGUGGCCUCGCCAGCAGACCUGGCUCUGUGCUGUACCCCUAGUCAUGGGUUUUGUGGGACUGGGACUAAGUCUCAUGUUGCUGAAAUGGAUUGUAGUGGGCUCUGUCCAAGACUAUGUUCCUACUGAUUUGGUGGACCCGAAAGGUAGCAUUGGUCAUGACCCAAUAUUUCUCUCCAAACCCAGUGCCAUGCCCAAGGGGCCUGAUAUUUCCAUGGCAACCACCACUUUAGCUGCAUCCACAAUGAUUCUGGUGUCCACCACCACGCCUCUUGCAGCGGAUGGUACUGCUCCAGCACCAAGAACUCGAUCAGGUCCACCAGCAAAUCAUUCAGCCAAUGGCAGUAAUGCCAGCGGAGAUGGCAAUCGUGCCAGGAUUACCAGGGUUAACUGGACUGUGGCCACCACCUCUGCUACACGCUCCACCCGACUUACCCCACCACCAGGCGUUAAGGAGGUCACCCCUCGCAGCACUGUCAGAAAAGGAAGCAGCACUGCCAACGGGCGUAAUGGAGCUGCUAACUCAAAGCCAGGACAGACUUCUCCUACCAUCACCACCACUGCUUCAACUACCACCACAGCUACUGCAAAGAGCAUCCCCAAGGCCCAGCCAACCACCUCUCAGCCCGCGGCUCCAAUGAAACCCACGUCACGCUGGAAUCACGGGCGUCCGGGAAAGGGCCCGGCCACCCGCCCACACCACCGCUUCAGAACUCCUCUUGCGCCAACGCUUCCCAGUGUUCGUUCUGAGGUCUUCAAGCCGUGUGUGGAGGACAAGGACCUCGCCUUUUGUCUAAACGAAGGCGAGUGUUCAAUCAUCGAAACGGUGGCCGGAGUUCACAGGCACUGCAGAUGUAAAGAGGGCUAUCAUGGACUACGAUGUGACCAGUUUGUACCCAAGACAGAUGCAAUCUUGUCUGAUCCAACGGAUGAAUUGGGGAUCGAGUUCAUGGAGAGUGGUGACACCUACCAGAGGCAGGUGCUGUCCAUCUUCAGUAUCGCCUCGGGGAUCUGUCUACUUGGAGUGGCAUGCAUGGCUCUCUACCGCCGCAACAAAAUACACAGAGAGAAGCUCCAGGCUCAUUUUUCUGACAGCCAAAGCUUGAGAGACUGCAGCAUCAACGCCUCCGGCCUCGUGUCCAAGUCUCCUCCCAGGAUUCAAUACAGCCUUCAUCUCCAAAAAGGCUGCAGUUCCCAUGGAUCGUCUCUUAAAGGCAGCAAUGUGACGCCAGGCACAGUCAUGGAAGCCCCCGUUCUCAGCAAAGCUCUCUCUAAAGGGAAAUGCUUCAGGAGCAACUUCCUGUCGCUUACUCCGACCCAACAGCGUCGGGAAGCCAACCACUUCAGGACUCCGCCCAUUUCUAGAGGCAAACCCAAGCUACCAACCAACCUCAUCGAUGGAUCAAGAGUGGUGGGACAUGUCUAUAAACACCUGCAGGAGGAUGAGUCAACAGAUGUGGACUCCAUAAGGAGGUGUGAUUCUGCCAGCAGAAGGGUCAGCGCCCUCCUCAGCAGGGCCUCUCUCUCCAGUGCUACUGCCAGAAAAGGAUGGACCGAGGUCCCUUGCACUCGUCUCGACAAGGGAACGACUUUCCCUCUGACCUCUCUGCGCACCCGCUCAGUGCCCAUCAUCCCAUCGCUCCAAGCAUGUGACCCUGAGGCGGAGCCCACGAACACAAAUGACCGGAAACAAGCAGGACUCCUGAAGCGACUCAAUCCUCUGGUUAGGGAGCAAGAGAGACCCAUUGGCAAUUCUCCCUCUUGGCCUGAGACUGAUGGGUUGGUUAGCGGUGCUUCACCUCGCAGCAAUCUCCCCCCUGGAUCAAAGAAGGACCUCGCACAGGCUUGCUGCCCUGCCACGUUCACAGCAGAAACUGUGCAAGAUUCAAAGCACAAAGGCCCUUCCAGCCCUGGGAAAAUGUCUGGAUCUCACAGCGAGAUCCAUCACGGUGGCACAAACACUCUUGAGGCUGAGACUGUGCAGGAGUCAGAGGGGGUCAGUAUCCAAUAUUCAGCCAGAGUUCUGCACACAGGGAGCGAGACCAGAGGUCUGAAGGCAGUGGGCCAAAAAGAAGUCCAGGGACAGUGCCAAGGUCAGACACCUCUCGCAAACGGAGGAGCAAACUGCUUCCUGGCCACCGAAGGCCCCAGCUGCAGAGAAACUGGAAACACUUACACCAAGCCCUCUGCGAGCUGAUUGGAUUAACUAUAAAGCUUCAAAGACACCGUUUCUAAUAACUGGAUACCUUUGCUGGUGGCUCAGGAUGGUUCGGCGGUGGGACCAUCUGUGUGGCCACACGGACCAAUACCAGAUGGCUUUCAAUUUUGAAAGGAGAUUAACAAAUUGAAUUAUAGAGAUGAGAAAUAAAAAAAUAACAACAAACAAACAAAAGCAACUUGACACAAAAGACAUGAAAUCACAAAGAGACAUUCAAACACACAUUGUGCAUAAAUGUGACUCAAUGAGGAAAACAAAGCGUGACUCAAGUGGGAGCUUGGUUUAAAAAAAAAGUUCACUAUUUAAAAGGAGCUUCUACUUAGAAACCAAAAUAGUGUGUCAUCUCUAUGUUGUUUCUCUAUUGUAAAGAAAUGAAAUUAUAUAUGUCAUACAAUAUAUGUCAUAUAGGCGUAUAUAUAUUUGACAUACAAUUGUGACAAAAUAAAGAUUAAGAUAACAGUG